CACAUGCGCAGUUGUGACAGCAUUUUGGAAAUGGCGCCUGUGUUGAAGACCUAGUCGGCGGUUACAGAGUUUGUUAGCUAGUUUUACUGCUGGCUGGAAUUUUCUGGAUUAUUUAUUUUCAAACGUAAAAAGUAACGUUUUAAUGUACUUGCGCGGAUUAUGACCAAGCAAAGACUGCACCAGGAGACGCAUUUGAUAUUCGAUAUUAAUAAUUCUGUUAUCCGCGCACAGGUAAAUACGUGAGGAUGCGUGACCUGGCAGCUCAGGUGACCAGCGGUCUGCUGCGUUUUCCUGCAGUGACAGUGGAAGCUUUAGGAGAGGAUGAAGUGACUCUGGACUCAGUUCUUCAUGGGAAAUUCACUGCGGGUCGCAGCGUGUUGGCAUGGCUGGCGUGCGGGCCGCACUUGGAGGUGGUUCACGCGUUGACGGGCGAGCGUUUCUCUGCAUAUCGCUUCAGCGGUGUGACGGAUCACCUGCAGCCGUGUGUGACGGCGGUGAGAGAGUUCGGUUGGCUGAAGCGCAGCGGACUGCUGGUGGGUCUGCAGGAGGACGAGAGUAGCAUGCUGUGUCUAUACGACCUCGGCAUCUCGCGUGUCAUUAAAGCCGUCGUCAUACCGAACAGGAUCACUGCUGUCGAGCCACUGGUGAGUUAUGGAGGAGCGAGCACGAGUACGCAGCACCUGCACCAGAGCCUGCGCUGGUUUUUUGGAGUGGUUGCCGUGGUAACAGAUGUGGGACACGUCCUAUUAGUGGAUCUGUGUUUAGAUGAUUUCUCCUGCACUCAAACAGAACUGGAGGCCUCAGAUCUGGAGGUGGUGAAUAAAUGUCCGUCUGAUAUUCCACGUCUGAGAGAGGGAGUCGCUCAGCAGGGACGCCACCUCUGUCUCCAGCUGUGCAGCCCCACGGGAACGGGUGUUUCAGCUCUGCACUUCAUCAACCGCACCAAUCAGCUCGCUGUGGGCUUCACCGACGGCUUCCUGCAGCUCUGGAACAUGAAGACGCUCAAGAAAGAGUAUCACUCUCAGCUGGAGGGCGGCCGAGUCCCUGUGUACGCCUUUAACUUCCAGGAGCCGGAGAACGACCCGAGGAACUGCUGCUACCUGUGGGCUGUUCAGUCAGCACAGGAUCUUGAGGGUGAUGUAGUCAGCCUGCAUUUACUGCAGUUGGCGUUCGGGGAGAGGAAGUGUUCAGCAUCAGGGAAAAUCAUCUAUGAGGGUCUGGAGUACUGUGAGGAGCGUUACAGUCAGGAUCUGAGCGGUGGUGUUUUUCCUCUCAGAGCUCAAGCCACACACACUCGCCUGCUCAGCUGCCAGACCAUCGAGAAGUUCCGCCAUCAUCCUGACAGAGAGGACAGCGUUAACGAAGUGGCGUCUCCGGAUACGAGUGUGUCAGUGUUCAGCUGGCAGGUGAAGUCGUACGGACAAGGCCGACCUUCUACCUUCAUCGGCGUGUUCGAUAUUAAUAGAUGGUAUCACGCACAAAUGCCUGAUUCACUGAGGGCGGGCGAGUCUCUGCAGAACUGUCCCUACCUGGCUGUGUGGUCUCUGGACUCUGUGGUGGAGGUGACUCAGUCCUGCCCCCUGCUGGACAUGGUGGUUCAUGAGCGCAGUCUGAGCAGAGCUCUGCCCCAUACCUGCCCCCCUCCUGAACAGUUCUACAACCCUAACACGUACAACUUCGAUGCGAGCUGUCUGCUUAAUGCCGGAAUAGUCCACUUCACCUGCUCUGGCUAUCAGAAAGAGACUCUGAGUUAUCUGAAGAAAGCCGUGCCGAGUCAGAGUGACGGGAUUUCUAACGGAUAUUCCCGCUGCCUCAUGUCCGGCCUGCUUUCCUCUCGGCUCGCGGACAUUCAGCCGUCCAGCCUGACCGAGCAGGAGCAGCUGGACGCCAUUUUAACCACCGCAGUGGAGACGAGCGCUCUGGGUCUGAUCACCGGCUGCAUUAAACAGUGGACGACCGAGGAGCGGGCCGGAUCUGCAGUGAACCUGCGCUACAUCCUGGAGUGGGCCUGGGACAAAGUGGUCAAAACCAAAGAGGAGCUGGAUGGCAUAUGUGCUCCGUUAUUUGACAGCUCGUCUAAUUUUACUGAUCCUCAAACACUGCAGCUUCUCCAACACAGCCAGAGAUUACUCAGUAACCUCAGCACCAUCUUCCACUGCCUGCUGAACGAGGCUCAGGAGCUCACACAGAAAGGUGUAAUAGGUCUGGUGAAUAAGUGCAUGGUGUCCAGUCUGAUCUCUCAGUACGCUCAGGUGGUCCUGUGGUUCUGCCGCACUGGUCUCCUCCCCGAGAGCGCUGAUGACGACGUCCUGCAGAUAUCGAGGCCUUUUUACAGUUUCUCUGUCAUUAAGAAUUAUUACACGGGUCAGAGGGAGGAGCUGCACAGACUCGCCAAGGAUAAGUGGAACGCUGACUGUCUGAUGAUUGACGGGUUGGUGGCUCAGUGUGGUGUGCGUCUCUCAGAGCUGUGGAAGAGAGACGAGGGUGGGACAGGACAGUACCCCCCUCCAUCACUGCACGCCCUGCUGGACUUGUACCUCCUGGAAAAUGUUGAAGAAUCUACCAAACACGCUAUCGUGAUUUAUCUUCUCCUGGAUGUGAUGUACUCUUUUCCUAAUAAGAGCGGAGCAUCAGUGGAGUCGUUCCCCACGGCUUUCUCCAUUCCCAUCGGCUUAGUGAAGCUCGUACAGGGCCUGUGGUUACUCGAUCACCACGACCAUGAGAACUCUCUGGACCUGCUGCUCCACCCAUCUGUCUCUCCGUGUGUGUGGGCAUGGCAGCACUCUCGGGUUCUGCAGGCUCUGAUGAUCCAGAACAAACACAGCACGGCGCUGCAUUACCUGCACAUGAUGAAGCCCUCCAUCACCUCCACCUCCCUCACCAAGCUGUGUGUAUCUGUACUGCUGCACAACAGAUGUAUUGUGGAGGCGUGGGCAUUGUUGAGGCAGCAAGUUAAUAAACUCAGUAUGGACGAGCUGCUCAGGUUUUUCUAUGAGACGUGUCAGGAGCUGAGUUUAAUGAAGGAGCUCCUCAAACUUCCCCUCCGACCCUCUGAACAGGAGUGUUUGGAGCGGUUCCUGCAAGAAACAGGAGGGUUCCAGAACAGAGAGCUCCUCAUGGUUCACUAUCUCCAGCAGGCCAACUACGUUCCUGCGCUGCAGAUCAACCACACUUUGAAAAUGAACCUGGCUGGUGAUCGAGAUCCUAAGAUGAAGGAGAGAUCGAACACGAGGAACUCCAUCAUGAAUCAGUACGGGAAGGUGUUGCCUCGCGCUCAGAGGAAGCUCGCCAUCGAACGUGCAAAACCAUAUCAGCACCCGUCCACCGUCCUCAGAGAGGUUGCCAGGCCUCAGCCGUUAUCCACCGUGGCUAAACGCUCUACUAAUGAGAACGUCCUGAGCAGAGCAGCGUUUAUUAAAAACGUUCUCACGAAGAUCGAGGAGGUGUGGAUCGGGAAGGAUGCUACACCUGAACCCUCCCCUUUCAAGAGCCCAAAAGCCCCUGACGCUCUGGUGUCCAGUCCCAAUCCUCUGACCUUAAACGUCCCUGAGGCUUUUGUUGGAACACCGAUUAACAUGCUGACUAAGAGGAUGUCCAGACUCCUGGAUCUGGCGGUGCAGCCGUCAUCCCAGACAUCUCCUGAAUCGUCUCACACUCACGUGACUCCGCCCAAAUCCAUCAGCUCCUGGGCUGCACCUAAACACAUCAGCAGGGCUCCUGAGCUCAGCCUGUUACACACUCCUCAGGUGGUGAAGAGAGCUCGAGCUUUAGCUGCGUCCGGUCAGGGUUUCUCCUCCUUCACACCUCAGUCCAUCCUAAGGAGCAGUCUCCGCCCCACUCCUAUAGCAACACCCACGGCAUCACCUGCCCGAUCAGCCACACCCCCCUCACGCCCCAAAGAGAGUCGCAUCACCUUUAUGGAGGAAAGUGGAUCUCCAGCUCUGCCCAAGAGUUCCUCCCUGCACUGGAGCAACGGGCUCACUGCAGUUGGUGAAAUUAGUGAGCUGAAGCUCCCACCCAUGCCACCAGAGGGCGGAGUCGAGGGAUGGAGCGAGCAUUCCGGUGAAGAAGAGGAGGAUGAAAAAGAACCCAGUGUAUCACUCAUGCCUUCAUUAAAGCCGAAAGAGAACCUAGAGAAGGAGGAACCGAAGCAGGUCUUACCUACACUAGGGUGCAGGCCCAGUCUGGGACAUGAGACAAGUGCACUCUCCAUCCAAUCAAAUUCCACGCUGGAAUUCCACGACGCUCCUUCUCCAACAGAUUUGAUGAGACCAGCACGGCAGUCGCACAUCAGGCUGGAUGAAGAUGAUGAAGUCAUCAUCAUCAGGCCUCCACAAUCACAGGCCGAUUUCACCAAAUUACUUUCUGCCGAAGAGCCGAUUGCGGACCAGGGAAUGGAAAACGAUGAAGUUUUGAAAUUUGAGAUGAAGUCAGAAGCAAACGAAGAACAUGCAAAAGAAGAAGCUGAGGACCAGAACAAGGAAGCGACUGCAGAAAGAGAAGUACAGAAUCUUCCAGUUGUUCCAGUCACUUCACUGGAGGAGUCAAGUCAGGAUGAUUCAAUGAAUCAUGAGGUCAUUUUGGCACCACGUGAACCAAUCAGAACCUCUGGAAUGUCUGAGGAGAUGAAGGACUCUGAGCCAGUUCCAGAACCAUUCAUUGACAACGCCGUCACUCCAGAGGAGCCAAUCAAAUCGAGUCCCAAAAAAUCAGAGUCAUGUGAUUCAGUUGAACACCUGGUGGUUAAUAACGAGCCAAUUAGUGAGCUUCCUGCUUCUAAUAUUGAAGAGCUGAGCGAUAAACCCGAGGCCAUGGAGACAUCAGAUCUCGAUGAUUACGUGGAGCGCGAGUUAUUCUGUGAUCUCUCACCUCUACGUUCCCACACCGACAGUAAAGAGGCUUUAGAGUCCGACAGUGAGCCAUGUGGAGAUGUUCAAGAUGAUGCACACAGAUCUGUCGCCUCGUCUGAAGCUGCGUCCUCCGAGUCACGAUCUGUAGUCAGCCUGAACGACACUGAGGAACUCUCCAGCGGCGAGGAAGAUGAUGACGAGGAUGAAGAGGAGGAGGAGGAGGAAGAAGACUCGGGCAGUGAGGUGGAGAUUAUAGAGGAAGUAAAAGGAAACGGUACACAGCAGCACCUUUACCUGCAGGACCUCCAACCUGAAGAUCAGUUUCUUCAAGAGCAGGCGGCCGCUGUGCUGUCCCUCGUCACCGACCCACAGCUGAAGGUGAUGGAUGGCUGUGAGGAAGAAGGUCAGGUGGUGGUGGUUGGUCUGAGACCAGCGAGUCUGGAUGAUGAAGUCGAGGAUGGUGUGUGCUACACCGAGUUGAAGCCCUCCACCACUCUCCUCGUUCCUAUUGAGCUGGCUGCUGAGCACCAGGAGCUUCUGCACGGAGCCCAGCUGCCCCAGAUUGCACUUCCUGUCUGCUCCAAUAACUUCUCCCUCAUGCUGGAGGCAGAUGAUGAAGAACCAGCAGCUUUAGAAAUGGACGCUGAGAACCAUCUAACUCUGGAAGGGAACAUGGAGCACGCUGGAGAUAUGGAGGAGGAACCAAAUGCUAAUAGAGAUGAGGUUAGUGUGCAGCACGCUGUUCUAGAAUCAUUCAAAAUGGAGGAGUUGCCUUCAGAAACAGUUGUGCCAGAUGUUGUGGAACCUAGUAAACCAGUAGAGAAGGUUCAUCUGGAACAGGAAGUGACUGAAUCUGAGGCAAACAUGGAUCAUCAACCUGAUGAACCAGCUGAAGUUCAAACACAGCCGGAAGCAGUAGCAGAACCUGAACCACUUAUAGAAGAUGAACCAGCAGAUGAUGCUCAAGUAGAGCAGACAGAAGAGAAAAUGGAGCUAAAGCCAGAUUCUGACCCUGCUGAUGAAGCUCAAACAGUAGUAGAGGAGCUUCUGGAGGAACCAGUGGAACCUGCAGAGGUGCUUGUGGAGGAACCAGUGGAACCUGCAGAGGUGCCUGUGGAGGAACCAGUGGAACCUGCAGAGGUGCCUGUGGAGGAACCAGUGGAACCUGCAGAUGAGCCUGUGGAGGAACCAGUGGAGCCUGUGAUUGAAGAGACUUUUGAUGUAACUGAUGUAUACGUCAGCGGUCAGGUUCAAGAGUCAGGCUUGGCUGGGGUUAAGGAGGAUGGUUUGGUCCAUAAUGAGGAAAUUCCUUAUGAAGAGGGUGUUGUAGAAGCUAGUGGGAUGGUUCCUGUAACUGAAGACUAUGUUUCUGAAGUUAAUAGAGCUGAGGAGAAAGAUGCUAAGCUUACGGAAGCUAUAGAAACCACAGCUGAGUUGACGGAAGUGCAACAAAGCCCAGCAAGAAGAGGAAGAAAGACCAUUACGUUCCCAACAACCCUGAUGGAAUCUGCUUCUGAAGAGGAACGAGCUGAUUCGAAAGUGCCUUCCACACCGAGACGUGUAACAAGGAGCAGCAAGCAGCUCAUGGAGUCUGAAGUUCUCAUCACACCAAGGAGAAGCACAAGAAAAACACAUUCCGAAGCCACAGUGGAGGAGGUGGCGUCAACAAAAGCAACUCCUCCACGUAAAACUCCACAGAAAGCUACACCCAGGAGAGGAUCUCACAAAACGAGGAGCUCGAGUGCAAAUGAUGUUGAAGUCCAGAAAAUGGAGGAAACAUCAAUUGUUGAACAUCAGAGUGCAAGGAAGACUAGAAAAGUAACCGUGAUCAAGGUCCCAGAGCCGAUCCCUGAGGAGAAAUCUGUGGAGAACCAAGCCAACAGUAACGCUAGUCCCAGCAGGGUGACUCGCCAAUCGAGCCGGAGGCUAAGCUUAACGCUGGAGAGCUUCCAGAUGAUUUCAGAUGUCCGGAACACGUCUUUAGUCACGCCACCGAGGAGCAGACGGAAAGCCCUAGGCACAAACGACGACACUUACAUAGUGGACAGCGCUCAACUUCAGAACGUUUCCAGACGACUGACGAGGAGCCAGUACUGGAACAACGGAGAGGAACCUGAGAAACCAGAGAACCUGGAAUCCACCAAUCUGUUGGCGAGCGCUUUGAUUGAGAGACUGAACGAUGAACAAGCUAAAGAGAGCGAAGUGGUUACGGAGAUAGUGCGCGCCAAACGGCGGACCAGAUCUGUAGCUCCAUCUGCUGACCAUGUAGAGCAGAACACUGAAGCUCUGGAGUCAGCGGGUUCUACUGACCAGCAGGAGCAGAAGAAGACAUCUGCACCAUCUGUUAGAAGAACAAGAGCCAGCAAAGCUCCAGAACCCGACACCUCACCUGUUAGUGACGGCACAUCUGGUGCUGUGAGAACGAGAGGAAAGAAAAAAGACAUGGCUGUAAACGAUCUUGUUUUGUCUCCUCCUGUGACUCGAAUGAGACGAGCACCUGCUGUCCCCGACCACAUCGAGGAAAAGAUUUUAUCGAACGAAGCUGCAGUGGAAGCUGAGUCGGAGGUUAAAACGAGGAAGAAGAGAACGACAAGAGCUAGUGCGGAGCCUGAACCCGUGAUGGCGGACCUCCUGUCUCCGCUAGCGAGUCCAGCAGAACCGGUUCCGAGGAAGAAGCCGGAGGAUCGAGAGGCCGUCGCUCCGAAGAUGAACCUGAGGCGGAGACGCAUGAUGGAGGCCAUUUUCCCCAAACCGGUCACACGCAGAAAGAAACUUUAACACUGAUCAUACCACUGUCAUCGUCAUCAUCAUCAUCGUUUUAUUUUCCUCUGGAGCUUCCUGUGUGGUUGUGCGUGUACAGUAAACACCUCUGUUUCCCCCUCUGCCUGAUUUUUACCAGGACCUUUUUCUGCCUGCUGUUUUCUAAUUAAGGAAAUGAUUUUUGAAGUGAAUAAAUAAACAGAGCUCUAAUUUGGGAGAUUUAAUUUUAUAUUAAAUAAUUAAACGAACGAGUGACGUUUACAGUACGGAGCACUGACUGAAGCCAAACGAUGCAAAAGUCUUAAGUUUUAAAAACGUGCAUUUCUACAAAUGUAAAUAGUCUUUUUAGGGGUGUUCUAAAUAAAAUUUCAUACCUGUGAA